CCUCCCCUCGCCGCCCGCACGUACACGUGCGCGCGCUGCGCUGGGCUGAGCCUCGCAGGGCAGGAGCGGCGCGGCGACUCCCAGGCGUCAUGGCGGCCGAGCUGAGCGACAUGGCAGAGCCGCCCGCGGUCCCGCCGCCGCCUUCCUCUUCCUCCUCCUCGGCGUCGCCCUCAGGCGGAGGCGCUGCCGAAGAGGCGGCCGAGAGCGAAGCCGCUUCUUCUUCUUCCUCCUCCUCCUCCUCCGCAGCGGGAGCGGAGGCCGAGCCGCCCCGAGCGGCGCUGAACGGCGAAGGGGCGGAAAGCAUGUCGGAGCCCAGCCCGGAGAGCGCCAGCCAGGCCGGAGACGGCGACGACGAAGAGGAGGAGGACGGCGACGAUGAGGAGGAGGAAGAAGACGAGGAGGAGGACGGCGACGACGCCGAGGACGAAGAGGAGGACGAGGAGGAAGAGGCCGAGGCCGGCAGCAGCUCCGGCUCCUCCAGCGGUUGCUGCACCGACGACGCCCGCUCGCUCAGCCCCGGCGGCAGCGAGGCCGGCGUCAAGGGCGGUUCGGGCGGGGCCGGCGUCGGCGCGGGCGGAGGGCCUGACUGCUCCGGCGGCAGCGGCGGGGACUCCACUGCGGCGGGGGCGGCCCCACAAGCGGCGGCGGUGGUGUCCGAGGGGGACGCGGGGGGCGGCGGCAGCAGCAGCAGCGGAGGAGCGGCGGCCGGGGCUGACGAGGGCUACGGCACGGGAAGCGGCAGCGGGGGCGGCAGCAGCUCCUGCAGUGCCACGUCGGGCGGCCGCAGGGGCAGCCUGGAAAUCUCUUCCGACGGGGAGCCGCUCAGCCGCAUGGACUCGGAGGACAGCAUAAGCAGUACCAUAAUGGAUGUAGACAGCACAAUUUCCAGUGGACGUUCAACUCCAGUCAUGAUGAAUGGACAGGGAGUGACAACUUCAUCUGCAAAAAGUAUUGCUUAUAAUUGCUGCUGGGACCAGUGCCACUCUUGCUUCAACUCCAGUCCGGAUCUAGCAGAUCACAUUCGGUCCAUACAUGUAGAUGGUCAGCGAGGAGGGGUGUUUGUUUGCUUAUGGAAAGGCUGCAAAGUGUAUAACACACCAUCAACAAGUCAGAGUUGGUUACAGCGGCAUAUGUUGACACAUAGUGGGGAUAAACCUUUUAAGUGUGUUGUGGGAGGAUGCAAUGCUAGUUUUGCUUCCCAGAGUGGACUGGCUCGGCAUGUACCAACGCACUUCAGUCAGCAGAAUUCUUCAAAAGUUACCAACCAGCCAAAGGCAAAAGAAGAGUCUCCUUCUAAAGCUGGAAUGAACAAAAGAAAGAAGCUAAAGAACAAGCGGAGGCGCUCCUUACGGCUGGUGCCAGACUGUGCUGGGGAACUCUUAACCACUGACAAGAGAAUAGGAGUGGUCACACGUCAUGCAAGACCUCAUGACUUCUUUGAUGCACAGACCUUGGACGCCAUACGGCAUCGAGCUAUUUGCUUUAACCUUUCUGCUCACAUAGAAAGUUUGGGAAAAGGCCACAGUGUUGUAUUUCACAGUACUGUAAUGGCUAAAAGGAAAGAGGACUCUGGAAAAGUUAAGUUGCUACUUCACUGGACUCCAGAAGAUAUUCUUCCUGAUGUGUGGGUCAAUGAAAGUGAAAGGCAUCAAUUAAAAACUAAAGUAGUUCAUUUAUCAAAACUACCAAAAGAUACAGCUUUGCUUCUGGACCCAAACAUUUACAGAAAGUCUAGUAAAGGAGGUACAUUCAAUGGAAUCCUGAAAGAUCACUUCUCUUAAGAUCACAUGCUGAACAAUGCCACAGAAGAGGUUGAAGAGGUAAAAAUCGACUCGGUGGGAGCAUCCAACCUACCAUCUUAGUCAUUGACCUUGGAAUUAGAAUUGCACAUUCCUUGAGUCCUUUACCUUCAUUCACACACACACACACACACACACACACACGGCACACACACCCGCUCUGUGCCCAACUGCUGCCAGCCUAUGAUUGGUCUAACCAUUCUGUGAAUGAAGUUGAAGCACCUAUGGAAUAUAUUAUAUAUAAAUGUCUAACAUACCUUUAAUGGGACGGUACAAUGGUGAAGCUUCUCCGGCAUGCUCACCCAUGUUUUUGUUUUCAGUGGACUCUUUUUGAAACUUGUAUUGGAUGAACUGGCAAUUGCUGAAUUGCCAAGUGAAACCCAUCCUGGCUGUAGUUACUCACAUUUUUAAUUUUAUUCUUGGUAAGCAAACUCUUGAAAUCUCAUCAUUGAUAAGCAACAGCUAGAGAGAAUUCUUGGUGGACCGUCUCCGUUGUCACUUUAGUGAAUUUGUGGUGUCCAAUCACAUCCUUAAGUGGUGGUAUCAUGUUUAAGCAAAAUGGUGGUGGCAUACUUUGAAUUUUAGCAGAAUAUAUAUAUAUAUAUUCAUUGGAGGUUGAUCAGUGUUAGGUGUUGCUAUAUAUCCGAUCCUCUUCAUAAGAUAUUACUGUAUUUUAAUCAGACUUUUAAUAAUAUCUAUACAAAAAAGGAAGAAGAAGCAGCAUUGGUUUUAUAUUCUAUUUGGCUUUUAAAACUCCAGCUUGCUUUUAAAGAUUAUAUUGCCUCCCUUUCCCCUCCUUUUGGCCUAAAUGUUUCUGUUUGUCCAAAAAGAAAAAGAAAAAAGAAAAAAGUAUUUUUUAAAAAGAAGCAUUUAAAGAUACAAUCGUUUUAUGCACCAAAGUUGGCUAUGAAAAGAAUUAAAUUGCUUCCUCACUUUAUUAAGCAAGGAAUUACGGUGUGUUUUUUUUAACCCUACAGGAAAUAGAAAACUAGUGUACCUUGUUUGUCUUGUAUUGAGACAAAAAAAAAAGUUGCAUAUAGAGAACGGGACGUUGCUUGUAAAUAGUUUUGCAGAUUUGUAAUAUAUUUUUAUAUCACAAAAUGUAGAUGUUUUUUCCUAGAGGCAUGGAAGUUAAAAUGUAUAUAUUAUGGUAGAAAUAAUAUUGAAGGAUAUUGUACGUCAUUAGCGCUGCCAGAAUUUGUUUAAAGCAAGCACCUUUCUUAACAAUACUAUAUCUCUUGGAUUUCCAAGGGACUCUAUACUACUGUUAAUAAGAACAAAACACAUUAGGUGUCCUUUGAGAAAUCUUUGAAGGAUGCAUAAUAUCCAUAGAAGGUUUAUAACACCUCACUGCUGAACAUGGAUAUGAAAUCAAUCUUUUUCCUUGCUUGUUGGAAGGAACAAAUGUAAAAUAAAAGACUUAAUAAGGUAGCUAUAUGCAGUCAAACUGCAUGGUUAACCCUUCCUGUUUAGGAGGAUUUUUUAUUUUAUUUUAUUUUGCAUUACUACAGUGGCUUUUUUUUUUUUACACUAUUUUUUUUUAAUUAAACAGCAAAUAAAUUAAAGUCUAAAGUUUUGGGAGAUGAAAGGUUUUUUUUGUUUUUGGUCAAAUCGUAUAAGGAAAGCUGCCUUAACGAAGGUAAAUUUGCUUGUUUGGUUCCUGGUGGAUUUAGAAUGUUUUCACAAACAUUUAAAUUUUAUUAUUGUGCAGAUUUAGAAGCACUGCUGACAUGGAAUGGUUCUGGAAUACUGUAGUUGUUUGACAAUGGUAUUUCAUAAAGAUCUGUGGCAAUGUUAACUAUUUAAAACAGAUGCCGUUUUGUUUUGUCUUUUUAAUUUUGCUUAAGCACUUCCGUUACUGCUUUAUCUUCAUUAAAUGUUCAUCUCUUAAUUGCUUGGGUUCCCUUUCUUUAAGAAGUAUAACAUUGCCAAAUAGGUGUUUUCAGAUAUAGUUUGUAUUUGUAUUUUUUUUAAAUCUUAUUGUUUUAUGAAUCUCUUGUAUGCCAUUCAUAAUUGACAGAUGAUUGUAGACUUCGCUGGAGUAUUUUUUCUAAUAAAAGAAAGCAAAUGCAACUACGGUUUUAAGGUUCUGAAUGUCAUUUACUGCAUUGGGCUAUUGGAAAAGUUGGAGCACACUAUGUAAAUCAUGUAUUUUUCUGUUCAAAUAAAGCUAGAAUUUUAUGUAUUUAAAAUAU